AUGCCGCUUUUCGAUCAGGAUCCCAACGGCGGCGGCCGCAACUCGCGAGCCUCCAACGUCUCUGCCAUGAGCCGAGCAUCAGGUAAACCCGUAUCGCGGGCACCCAGUGCAGACCUUCAACCUCUGAACCGCGGCGUCACGUCCAUGCUCCGCACCGAGACCGAGAUAGGCGACGUUAGCAUCGGCCGUCCUAAGUUCGACGACUUGUCUGCCAUGAGCAACGCACCACGUCCGCUGCGUUCGCGCGCGACCAGCAGGAUGUCGCAAGUUUCUUCCACGUCCAACACUUCCAGUCGGGGCAGUAAGCAGCACUUCCGUUCCUACCCCUCCUCGUCUUCUGCACCGCGCCAGCCAAUGCAACACCAUGGGCCCGUGUAUAAUGCCGACACGCUGUCUCCAACGAUGAUGAACGCCACCGGAUCAUCGCCUUUCAACAACCGAAGAGACAACCGCGACAGGGACGCGCAUCGCUCGCACUCGAUGACGAAUACCAUACAACCCCCAGCGUACGGUCUCUCCAGCAACAGGUCUAUUCCCAGCUUGCGCCCUCGGCCAGCGUCCCGAUCUUCGAACCCAAGCCCAUACUAUGCACACCCCGCCGGGGGUGGUUCCAGGCAGCCUGUUCCAUACUCGCGAUCGGUCCAGUCCGCCAUGAGCGACGACAGCGGAGUACACUUCCAAGGGCCGCGGGGCUACGACGGUCAGCGACUGCCCUAUGCUGGCCACGCACAAGGCUACGGCAACCCAGGAUACACAAAUCAUACGUAUCGGCAGCAGCAUGCUGGACAAGGACAAGACCAACGAGGCUUCCACAACGGACAGGGCCCCGGGCAGAUGAGGACCAAGAAUCCAUCCUCUCGGUCUACGAUGAGCCUUGAAGAUCCUCCCGUGGAAGACGACGACUUUCCUCCCUACCACGCGGCUUUCGGACAACUCGUGUCUCGCAGGAUGACAGGCAACUCCGCCCGCGAGCCUCGUUCAGAAGAUCGAAGAGAGCGCAGGCGUCAGGAUGAACAUCAGCCACCUUUACCAGCCGAUCACCGCCAACGGAUCGCUGCUGAACAAGCUCGUCUCAAGAGGUCUGCGCCUGCUUCCAUGUCCAGUUUUAACACAAACUUGCGUACCGAAUCAGAGCCGCCAUCGUCCGACAUGACGAUGCCACCAACUCCGAAAGAUGGUAGCUCCAUGGAAGUGCACCGAAACCUCGAUAGAAUCAAGGUCUUCAAAGCCGCCAACCCGAACCGCCUUGUUAUUCAGGAAGAGUAUCCUUCAGUACCAUACUACGACACGGGUGAUCAGCUCGGACCUGUGGAGUCUGCUGACCCAGGGACGGAGGCUAAUCCAGUCGGCUUCAUAGACCGGAAGAUAACCACUGUCGAGCAGUCUCACCGCGGAGAAAACCGCCACAGUAUCUUAUCGCAGACUGGAUCCAGCAUCCUCGACUCGUCCACUCUUGAAUUCGCGAUCCAGCAUUCCAUACCAACGGCCAAUAGCGGUGGCUUCCAGAACGAGCCCGGUGUCAAAAUUCAUGCUACCACGAACAUGUCUCUCAGUCCUGGUAAUAGUACCGGCGAUGGCAUGUCGGAUGUUCUUGCAGGAUAUCAGGGAUCUGAUUAUAAGAACGAGACCGACGCUUUGGUACGAAUCGAGACGGCCAACGAGAGCACGUAUGAGGAGCACACAGAUGCUUCAACAGAAAAUGACAUGAAGCCGCUGCCUCUUGCCCUUCGAUCCAGAAGUAGCCACGCACAAGGGUCGUCCGAUGAGCUGUCCUUCAAGUCUUGUACCGAUCUGCCAGAUGUCUCUUCAGGCUUGAUACCAUCCGAGCCAGGGAAAGAAGACAUCAAAGCGUCUUCCACAUCCGCCAUUGACUUUGCGCCGCAGCGAGAUACGGUAUCGAAGGAAGCAGACACUCAUUCUUUUGCGACUGGUGUGCACCCUAUCCGUGCUAGUUUCGCAGCUCCGCCUCGACUCCAAACGUCCAACCUAGGAACGGUGGUCUUGAAUCAGGGCAGGACGAUUGUGGAGGCACCCUUGUCCAAGCCCUCUUCUGCUAUGCUUCGCAAACAGCCUCCUAUACCGCGUCGGGAAUCCAGCUUUUCUAUCGUAGCGAGCAAAUUGCGGACUAGCUCCAAGCAGAGCAUGAAGCAAGGCUCGAUAUCGGUAUCUGGUUCGUCAUCCACGCUGGGCACUACGCACCAGGGGCCAGCGGUACCGCCCCGAGAGUCAAGCACUUCCAAGGAGGCCCAACGUGUGCACGCCGCAGUCUCGUUCUUGAUGCGUCCACUACCGUUGCGCUUUGCCAGGUCUCGGAAGUAUACUGACCAAGAGGAGCUACCGAAGUCAGAUGAGACGGUCCCAUCUGCUUCCAGUUCGAGUCAAGACACGGACGGCGUCAUCAGUCUCAAUGAGAUGACCAGCUCACCGCCGCCCGCCAUGGAGGUAAAGAAGACGCCGCAAGCACCGUCGACCAGGCCAAAAGGUGUACCUGUUGCGAAGACGCGAGCUAUCAGCUUCGACACUCCGAAAGCUUGCAACCCAUCCAAGAUGCCCGGUAGUAGCCCGGCUCCUGUUGCGCAACCAAUCGACAGCCCGGUUCCUGCGAUUUUGGAGCCCUCCUCUGUGUACUCGAUCCAUGACACCUCCUCAGGCUCAUGUGUAGACUCCGCGGAUGGACUUCCGGUAGCCCAAGAGCCUGGCCAUCGUGACAGCCAGACUACGACACACCUCGAUUGGAAUGGAUAUAGGCCUUCCUCCCACGGUGGUGGCCUCCAGCAGGUGUCGCUACGCCCUCUGAGCGGUGUUGGAAAUGUUUUGAAUUCUUUGGGAUCGGGUCCUUUGUCCAACAUCCAAGAGAAUACUACGACGGACCUCAGAUUAUCCGGAUAUAGGUAUCCUGGCCCUGCGCGUUAUCUGCCUGACCUGAAGGAGGAGUCGCAUGAGGACUCGAGCCUCAACACGAGUGCCAGCAAUCUGAAGAGCUCGAGUUACCGCUUUCCGUUCGGCGCGCCCUCGGGGGUCAGGGCUUCGGGAGAGGAACCGAUCAACUUCUCGGGAAGGUCGUCUACAGCGUCGCAUCGUCGGAGUGCUGUUGGCAGCAACGUGGGUAGCGCGCUCGGACAGGCACACGGUUUGCCUUCGAUGCGGUUUAGUCGGAUGAAUCUGUUCGAUGGUCUGACCGAGGACCUUGGCCUUCGCUACUCAAGGUCAAUGGAAGAGGUGCCCAAUGCGUCGCAGAGGGUGAGCAGAGGUAGUCCGCGGCCUGCAUCAGCCGGUGAUGUCACGGACCUGCGCCUUUCUCUCGCCGAAUUGAAUGAAGCGGAGCGCUCAGGGUUGUCAAUGCAGCCUACCGCCAUGAUCAACUUGUUCGCGAUGCACCGUGCUCGUUCACCGGAGCUCAUGGCAGAGAUUGAGCGGCUGACCAUACCUUCUGUCGGAGGGCUUACCCAGCGCCUCUCAGAGAUCUUCCCGUCGUUGAGGGAAUACUACAAGUGCGGUGAGCCAGCCGAGUUUCCGAUUGAGGAGGAGAUGGAGAAGCACGCAUUGGAGGAGAUCCAUGAGAUCCAUCCGACGCAGAAGCGCUCGUCUGCUCGACUUCGCCCCAUGCGUGGCGUCUCGCACAUGGUUGUUAUCGAGGACGAUCUGUAUGAUGAGAUCACAAGCAAGGAGAGGGGGUGUGGCAGUCCAGGCCGUCCCGACGAUGGAGUUGGUGUAAACGGCGCUAGCGAGGCAGACUCAAAUACAGGCAGCUCCCCCAAGGACGACGACGCACCGAGCACACCAACAAACAACAAGACGACUCCGCUCCCAGAGCUGCGAGUCCCAUCACCAGCUGUUCUCCGUCCGCGCUCACAUACCGUCGGCCCUCAAGAGCUUCGCAUCUCAGGGGAGUCCGCUCUUUCCGUAAGAAGGUCUCUGAGGUCGUUUGUUUCUACGCCCACAGUAACCGAGACGCGUCCCUGGAAUUCAGACAAGAAUUAUCCCUGGGCGACGUCAACAAACCCCGCUAUUGACAUAUCCCUUCCUCGUCCCGCUGCUGCGAGACACUCUCCUCACCCAGGCCCUUCCCACCUCCGCAACAGACUCUCUGACGCGUCUACCACAAGCUCCUUCUCGACAGCGCAGACAGCCACAGCUUCCCCGUUCGGAUCACCGGCCGAUAGCACCGCACACGCGCGUCAUCACCGCUUCAGCACCUUUGGCCGCAACAGCGACCAGCCACACGCAGUCGGUGAACGCUACCCCACCUCUGCCCUGUCACCUCCUACAGCUAUCUUCCGCGACCACCUGUCAGCCUCUGACACUUCUGACGACGAGCACUACGAUACCACACGCAAGACUAGGCUCUCGCUCCGCAAGCGCUUUUCGUCAACUCGCAAAGCUACGCUUGACAGCCAAUCAAACACUCGAGCUGGUCGAAGCAAGACCAACGCACAAGACCUCGCCUCGCCCGAGUCGACCAAGCAGUCAACCACCUCACUCCUCCAAGAUCGUGCCGGUGAAGCUCAAGCUUUCACGUCAUCUACCACCGCCAACCGCCAUACCUUCCGUGACGCGGAGGGCAUGAGAGCAGUUGACUACCGCAAACACCGCAUCAUCGACCGCCUCAAGACCUGGUGGCACAAGGGCUCGCACCUGAUCCGUCAACUUUCAAACCGAAAACACUAA